AUGCUGCCAGACUUUUUGACUUCAACGGCGACUACCCUCCUCGACAACACCAUGUCUUCCAAAGGAAUAACGGUAUCUUCGCACCCCUCCUUCUCACCUCAGCCCACCACAAGUGCAACGGUGGCGUCGGCCGCGUCGAUAACGACGCCAGAGCUCGAGCAGACACUCACAAUGCUCACGUCUCACCGGUCGGUACUGGGCUACAUGCUGCUUUCGCGGAGCCACCCCGUGACAAUGAUUCGCCACUCUGGUGUCGUGUUUGAGGGCGAGCAAGGGAAGAGGUAUGCCAGCGCAAUCUCACGCAUCGUUGAGAGCGUCCACUCGGGUCUCGCAGAGGUCACCGAAGGUCAAUCUGAACCGGAUGAUAUGCGUUUCAUGCGUAUUCGCACUAAACGGCAUGAGAUUAUGAUAUCACCAGGCGAUCGCUAUCUUCUGGCCGUAUUACACGACCCGACCUCUUGA